AUGGUGCGCGUGGGCUUGGGCACCAAGGCAUCUCCGGCGCUGAUCCCUAGGUUCACAAAGUUGUGGUGGGAUCGCAACGCCUCGAAGUUAUCUGCACAGAAAGACGCUUUCAACGACUUGUGUUCGAACGAGCUCUUGAUCACGACAGUGGCCUGGGGCAAGAAGGAGUUGUACAUACCGAAGGUCUUUUGCCAGAAGACGUUCAGAGAAGUCUGUAGCUGGGCGCAGCCUAGCAAGCCUACGGUGCUGUGCGAAGUGUUUGAUGCCAGUGAGCUUUGGAAGGCGGUCGACUCCUAUCCGUCUCGAGGACACAAUGCCGAGAUCUUGCAGCAGUUCUACAAGAAGCUCCUCUCCCGCAUCAGCAAGAAACGUGGCCGGAUGAGCGCAACGCAAGCCGAGUCUCUCUCCCACUGGCAACAUACAUCCGACAAGCUCAGGAAGCAAGAAGAUGCUGCUAGAUCUCUGUUGGACUUCUUUGAGACAGAAACAGCGCCGGCAGCAGCCCAAGCAGCAGAAGCAGGACGUCAGCAGCAUAGCGGGGUCCUGUCGGCGCAGAGAUUGUGGGAGCAGGGUCCACAUGCAGAGCACGUGUCGGCCGCUGGUGAGUCACCCGUCGAACCGCUUCCUAUGAAUCCGUUCGAGGGUAAGGCCUGGGUCACUAUGCAGACCAGCUACAAGUACAACCAACCAAUGUUGCGCACGCGUCGGUAUGCAGAGGGCUUAUCCGCGCAGAAGCUGUCUAGAGCAUGGCAGAUGGUUAGUCUUUCGCACACAGUUGACCUGGACAUCGAGAAUUGCUGCUUUGUGUUAAUGUUGCAAAUUUUGGACCGUAUGAAUCCGGAGCACGCAGAAUGGCCGUCCGUGAGAGAGACACUCAGCGCCUGUGCCGAGGACCGAGAGAAAGUGAUUCAAGAGCAACUGUGUGUAUGCCGUAGUCUGGGUAAGAGCAUCCUUCUCAAGGUGUUCAACGGAGGACAGCCCCCGUGUGAGCUGUCACACAACCCGUUCGUAAAGCGCCUGCAACAAGCAUCGCUGUUUUGCAGGUGGCUAGCAGCGUCGUCACUUCCAGAGCUUCACCGACAUUUUGUAGAUGAAGCCAGGGACAAUCCUGAGGCGUCGACCUUGUUUUAUAUGUGGACAGUUGCCGAGGAUGCGGUUUUGGAUGCGUGGCUGGAGCACCUGCAGGCGUUCCAUCCUUCGCACCUGUCGCUUCACUUCGAUGGCAUACGCGUCAGCUCAAAUGAUGUUGGAGAGGCAGUUCAAGAUUUCUGUGCAGCCUGCAGUUGCCAUAUCGAAGCCAAGGCAGGUUUCAAGGUCCACAUUCGCCCAAAGACUCACGGUUGCUUUCUGAAGCUGGUUGCUCAAAAGGCCUCCUCAUCUCCUUUGCACUGUGCUGAACAACUUCUAGAGCCUGGCAACUGUAUCUUACGUGGUCUGUUCCAUUUGGGUUUUACAGAUGAUGCCAUCCGCAUUCACGAUGACUCAACGUCAGAGUACGGUUUGUAUUACAGGCGUAGAGGGCACCGAACAUAUUUGCAUGUGGAGUCUGCAUCUGGAAGAGAAUUUCAUCCUCGACUGGAUCUCAGGCAGAUGAAAGCCAAGGAUCAAUUCCUGUUGCACUGUUACGUGCGGGGACAGCCUCACUGCGUCGCGGUCAUGGUUUCUGACGACACCGAGGUUAAGGUUGUAGACGGGUCUUCUUGCUGGACUUUGAGAACCGAAGACUUUCAGGACGCAUGGCACGAUGCGGCUGAUAACAAGUACUUAGUGAUAUUUGACGUCUUGGAACAAGGCCGCGUAGCCAAUGAGCAGGCAGAUUCAACGGGUCCUUUGCCUUCCGAGUGGGCUGUGUUGAAGGAGCUGCAGGCAGGUUCAGGAGACACAUCGUUAGAGGAAGCAGACGACGAAGGCGAUGGGGCCGAUGAGGCGACCACCAAAGUCGGCGAUCACAUCUUGGCAUUGAUGGAAAAGGAAGUUGAUGACUUGCUCUCCAAGAAAAAGGUUCACAGGAACCCAGACAAUCGGCUGGUGUGUCCGCUAUGUCCUUUCCGAGCUUUCGACAAAAAUAACAAGGGUAGAGUUUUGCAUCACAUUCAGAAGUACCAUUGUGCGUCGAAACAGUACUGCCCUAGCGGCACAAAGCAAAUGAAGCUUGUGAUUGCCCUGCACGACGGUGACCGCCUCUUGAAAAGAGCAGAGAAAUGCGACCUGCUGUCCCGAUCUGCAUCCAUCAUGCGACAAACCAUCGUACCGCCUCUCCCCGGUGCCAUCAACUGUAUUGACCGCUUCAUCCGCUUGGUUAUGACAGAAUCGGGGCCAGAGUUCUGGAAUGUCUCCACUGUGCAAGGCGAAGCAUUUGUUCGGCGAGUUCGAAACCUGUACUACACCAAGGGUUUCGGGCAGUUGAUUUUCCAGCAGACGUUGCUUUGCAAUGCCAAGGUGCACGGCGUGAUCGCAGCUCUACAUUCUAUGAUGGAGCACGAGUCCACCUGUUUGCUCCCGUCGCACACCAAGGAUUGGCUGCCGCUGAUGGAGGACAUUCUCACUUCUCCGGCCGUUGCGGCAAUGGAACGAGAACUCAUCCAUGAGCUCGUACAGCACAACGAGUACCAGACGCUGAGCAUCGAUGCCACGCUUAGGUGCUGUCUUCCCAUCCUAGGACAGCCACGCCCACGUUCUAUGGAUGCGACUCAAGCGGCCUUCGACGAAGCCAGCAUGCUGCGAAGGGUGUUCACCGUACGCGGGCGAACAAAUGCCGUGGUCGGCAUGUUCGCAGUGGCCAGUGAUGAUGCAUGUGGAGCAGCACAAGCUCUGGUAGAAAGCAUUACAGCUGAAGGACUCGCUCAGGUCGAAUUCGUCACCGUGGACAAUCCGAGCCGGCACUACUUGCUUAGCUUGAAAAACAUUUGCCCGAACCUGCAGGUUAUGGCUUUGGACCCGGUGCAUCUGGCCAUGACAUGUGAGUACGCAAGUUCUCGGAAACGUACCAAGGCCACGAAAACAUUGCGCUGCAUUCUGUCCAAGUUUUCUGCUGUUGAUCACGCGUACGAUGCUGCAAGUUGGGGGCACGUCUUCCACGGGCGCAGUUGCAAAGGGCUUACAGUCGAGGAAAAUUCGCUGCGUCAGAAAAUCGAAGAUCGGACGAUGCGGGUGACGACAGCGGAACAAAUCCUGGCGCAGCUGGACCCAAGCCGACCGUUCUAUACGCGCGUCGAGUGGAUUCGGUCUUUAGCCGCCUUGGUUUCAGUCUUCCGGGAUGAGGUGAGCCGCCUCGCUCCUGGUCCAAACAGGCGAAUCUACCAGCUGCUUCACACAGCAGCUGCUGCAGAGCGAAGUGAAUGGUACAUGAACAACAUUCGACUUCGUCACAGCAUGCCGAGACACCGGCUCAGUCUACUCCCCGUUGGCACCACCAGUAACGAGUCGCUACAUCACGAGAUCAAUUGCUGGUUUCGUGAGACUCAGCAGAUGCACCAGUCAACUCUGCAGCUCAAACUUCGCGUUCUGAAGCUUGGCAAGCUCAUGUCGCACAACUCAGCUUUAUACCAGCACACCUCCAAGCAACUGCCGCAUUCUGUCGUGUUGGCACGAGCCAGUCGUCGCAACCUGUGGUCGGAGAAGGGAUGGCAGAGGUGGUGCAAGGAGCUGCGCGACCAAGGUGCGGUGUCCAAGGCGAGCCUGCCACUUUCUGCAAAGCGACAGCAAGAAAAACAGGCGGUGAAGGAUGCGGCUGUGAGAAUGAAGCGUCCUGCUGCCAUAGACUCUUCUGUCGUGAAGAAGAGACGGCGCACUCCUCACACUCUUGAGCGGAAGGAUUCGCUUCGGAGAGGAGGCGUGCGUUCCUCCACCUACUAG